AUGGAGGCGCGAGGAUGGAGGAGGAGACCCCACGCUCUGAGAAUCAAGAAGACAGACACACCAGGACCAACGGGAGCAUCGUUUAAUCUGAUAAGUGAUGGAAGUGUGGUCUAUGCUGAGGCACUCUGGGACCAUGUGACCAUGGACGUCCAGGAGCUUGGCUUCAAAGCCGGUGAUGUCAUCGAAGUCGUGGACGCCACCAACAAGGAGUGGUGGUGGGGCCGCAUCUUGGACAGUGAAGGAUGGUUCCCAGCCAGCUUUGUCCGGUUGCGGGUGAACCAGGAUGAGCCUAUGGAAGAGUAUCUUGCCCAGCUGGAGGAGGCUCAGGCUGGAGAUGAGGACCGGUCAAGUUUGGGCUUACUGAUAGGACCCGGUUUGCCCUGCAAAGAGCAGAUGAGAACCAACGUCAUCAAUGAGAUCAUGAGCACGGAACGAGACUACAUCAAGCACCUGAAAGAUAUUUGUGAGGGCUACAUCAAACAGUGUCGUAAGAGGACGGACAUGUUCACCGAAGAGCAGCUUCACACGGUGUUCGGAAACAUCGAGGACAUCUACCGAUUCCAGAGGAAAUUCCUCAAAGGCCUGGAGAAGAAGUUCAACAAGGAGCAGCCACACCUCAGCGAGAUAGGCUGCUGUUUCCUUGAAAAUCAAAUGGAUUUCCAGAUUUAUUCCGAGUAUUGUAACAACCACCCCAAUGCCUGCGUCCAGCUGUCCAAGCUGAUGAAGAUCAACAAGUACGUGCUCUUCUUCGAGGCCUGCCGGCUGCUCCAGAGGAUGAUCGACAUUUCUCUGGACGGCUUCCUGCUCACGCCCGUUCAGAAGAUUUGCAAGUACCCAUUGCAGCUGGCCGAGCUCCUCAAAUACACAAACCCUCAGCACAGGGACUAUAAAGAUGUCGAGGCGGCCUUAAAUGCGAUGAAAAACGUGGCCCGGCUGAUCAACGAGAGGAAACGGCGCCUGGAGAACAUCGACAAGAUAGCCCAAUGGCAGAGCUCCAUAGAAGACUGGGAGGGUGAAGAUGUUCUCAGUAGAAGCUCGGAACUAAUAUUUUCAGGGGAGCUGACCAAGCUCUCCCAGCCCCAGACCAAGAGUCAGCAGCGGAUGUUUUUUCUCUUCGACCAUCAGAUGGUGUAUUGCAAAAAGGACCUGUUGCGCCGGGACAUGCUGUACUACAAGGGUCGGCUGGACAUGGAUCACAUGGAGGUGAUGGACGUGGAGGACGGAAAGGAGAAGGAGUUUAACAUCAGCGUGAAGAACGCCCUGAAACUCCGGUCCCCGACCGGGGACGAGGUCCAUCUCCUGUGUACCAAGAAACCAGAACAGAAACAGCGCUGGCUCCGGGCCUUCGCAGACGAGAGGAGACAAGUGCAUCAUGAUCAAGAAACAGGCUUCACUCUGACUGAGGUCCAGAAGAAACAGGCCAUGCUCAACGCCUGCAAAAGCCAUCCGGCUGGGAAACCCAAAGCGGUGACCAGACCUUAUUGCGACUUCCUCCUCCGACAGAAGCACCCCUCCCUGCCCACCGCCUUGCCCCAGCAGCAGGUCUUCAUGCUGGCUGAACCCAAGCGCAAAACCACCUUCUGGCACAAUAUCGGGAGACUGACACCUUUCAAGAAAUAAAACAGCCCCAGAAAGGAGAAGGAAAGUAUUCGAGGGAAAGGACAGAGGAGGUGGAAACAAAAAGAGCUCUCUGCUCGUGCCUGAAUAGACCCUUUUUAAUUAUUCCUCUCAUUUCUUUCCUAUUCCUAACUUCUACCGGAUCGAUAAACCGACUUGUUGUAUACGUGAAUCAGAUGAAUAUGAGGAGGACAUUAUUUUUUGAAAGCACUUUACGGUUGGUUAACAAUCAGACUUGAAAAGGGUCUCCUGGAGACGGUGAGUCAAACAGGGAGUUUGGACUCUUGCUUGAUUUACUUCUACUACUCCUAAAAUCAAACGCCAAUCGGUAUUAAUACUACUGUACUGCUGCAAGUAAGUUUGGGACUCCUGGUUGAGCUGCCUCUGAAUAUGUUGCCUGUCAAUAAAACCGUGUUCGACUCCGCCGUUUUAUUGUGUUGUUUGGUUCUUUGACAGAUUUGCCAACUUUGCAUAGUGUCAGACGAUAAGGUUUUUAUAUGUAUGUUUACCUGUAUCUGCUUUUUUGGGGAAAAAAAGGGAAAAUUAGGUCGAAAAUAGAUUUGCUCGUGCUUUUCCUUGUGAAACGACAUCAUUUCAGGAUCACAUUUCCAAACGUUUGUGGUCUCCAUCUGUCAAUAAUUGGUUUUGUACUUCCCAUGUGCAUUUGUGGUAUUGUGCAAACGUUUAAUACGACGCAGCCCAAAGACUAUUAGAAGUUUUCAUUCAGACCAACGGCUACACUAAUUCCUUGAGUGUGAUCCUAUGCCUACAAUGUCAAUGAAAAUAAAUCCCUUUUUUCCCCUCACAGUUAAUUUAAUUCUGUUUUAUUUUAUGAAGUGCCAUUUGAGGUGUGAUAUGGAUGACUUAAAAUGACAUGCAUGGAUGUGAUGAAAAGAUACUGUGAAGAAUAUUUUUUUAUCUGUACGAACAGCCCGGCUAUAUUUAACCAGAGGAGUCGUUGUGCUACGAAGCUGAAAGCGUCACACAAACUCGCAUUAGUUCUUUUAUCUAUCUGUACUAAAGAUAUCCACUACUCCUGCUCUGUUCAUCUGGCCUGUAGUGUAAUCGGAUUUCAAACCAAUGCAGCCCAGUGAUAUUGUUCUGUAAGUGCAUUUGAUAAAAUGUACUCCCUUCAACUUUAUGUUCAAAUAUUAAACAAUAUUAAACAUUCCUAAGAUGAAAAAU